AUGGCGAGUUCCGAAUCCCUCAGAUCAGCGAACGAGUUUCGCAGCGAUACCUUCACUGUCCCGACAAAGGCUAUGCUUGAAGCUAUGGCGAGUGCAACGUUCGGUGAUGAUGUGUACCAAGAAGAUUCCACGACUACCGAGUUUCAGAGCGAAAUUGCCAGGCUGACUGGCAUGGAAGACGCUUUGUUCGUGCUUUCGGGGACAAUGGGCAAUCAAAUCGGGGUUCGGGUGCAUCUCCAAGGCCCUCCGCAUUCCAUUCUUUGCGACUACCGAGCUCAUGUGUAUGCAGAGGAGGGUUCAGGAUUGGCAGUCUUGUCACAAGCGAUGGUUACGCCAGUUCAUCCACAAAAUGGCCUGUACUUGACUUUGGAAGACGUCAAGAAUUGGGUGGUUCUUGGCGACGACAUCCACACGGCGCCUACCAAGGUCAUCAGCUUGGAAGUUACCAUCGGCGGUGUUCUUACGCCUUUGGAUGAAAUAAAAAGAAUCUCCGAAUUUGCCCACUCAAACAACAUCAUGGUCCAUUGCGACGGCGCGCGUCUUUGGAACGCGUCGGCCGCAACCGGUCUUCGUCUGGACGAAUAUUGUCAAUACUUUGACAGCGUCUCGAUGUGCGUCUCCAAGGGCCUCGGUGCUCCAAUCGGUGGAGUUCUUGCAAGCACCAAACAAAACAUCAAAAAGGCGCGAUGGCUGCGGAAGCAGCAAGGAGGAGGAAUUCGCCAGGCAGGCGUUUUGACGGCGGCAGCAUUGGUCGCGUUGAGAGAUGUAUGGCCGACGAUGGCUCAGACCCAUGCAAAGACGAAGCAAUUGGAGCAGGAUCUCAAGAAACUCGGAGUCGUGCCUCAAAUCCCAGUUGACACAAACUUCUUUUUUAUAGACGCAAAGCGGUCGAAAAUCGAUAUGGGCGUUCUACUGGAACAAUGCGAAAAAUUUAAUGUUAGACUGAUGGACGAGCGCAUUGCCAUGCAUCAUCAGAUCAGCGACGAGUCAAUCGAAAACCUGAAGCAGGCAAUAGCGCAGGCGGUACAGAUCACUAGCAGCUUGCCUUCAGACUAUACUUCAACAUACAAAACUAAUGGAUAUGGCAGCACGUCGAGGAUGAACGAGUUUAAUUAG